GCGGGAGUGGGCCAAUGGGAGCUACAAAAUUAAUAUUUGGACUUUUGAGUUUAAUUGUCUUCUUUAAUUCAUGGCAAGGUUGAAGCAUGAACAGAAUAAUUUAAACACCGCAGAUAAGUCAUAUAUCAUAUCGAAAUACAGACACUUUGUAGUAAAUGAUCAAGGACUACUUCGACACGCGGGAAGAGACUAUGCCUGACAACGGCCUAGAACCGAGGCGGAGUAACACGACGCGGGGACCGAAGUGACGAGUGGUGAACGUGUCGAAGCAGAUUUUUUUUACACGAGGCUGAGGAACAGCAGAAUUCAAGCACGUCCAGUUCAUGUGGAAAUGUAAGUUUUGUGCCUUUUCCUCCAGUGGCCAAGGAAAAAUAAUACAGCAUUAUAAAGAGCAUCAUGGACAUCACCGGAGGUGUUCAGGCCUUGUCUGCAUUUAUCAAGACUGUUUGAACACAUUUCAAACCCAAACUGAACUUAAAAACCACUUGAAAGAACAUUCAAAAGGUCAUAAAAUUGUGACCAAGUUAUGCUGUGAUUUGUGUACAUUCUCAGAGCCUAGUAACAUUAUCAAAUAUUGUGCCCAUCUGAAGACUCAUUUGAGGAACAGGGAAACAGUUAAAUGUCCGUUUGCAGGUUGCUCUUUCAAGUCCAAUGUACUGUCAACAUUUACUUCUCAUAGAAGUCGCUAUCAUAGGUUGUCCACCUUAAACAGUUUAAGACCAGAGCUUUUUGUACACCAUGCACUUACAAAUGCAGUGCUAGAAGAGGAUUCUGUUUCUGGGACUGAGGCAUCAACUUCAUAUGAUUCAGUACCCGAGGGUGUACCUCCUCUUGAAAAUGGAGAGGCAAUUAAACGUCAGUUGGCAUCUUUAUUUAUCCGUAUGCAAACAAUUCUGCAUGUUUCAAAUUCUGCAGUACAGGAAGUAAUUGAUGAGUUAUUUGACAUUGGAGACUUUGCUUAUAAAAAUAUUAAAACAAUUAUAGAGAAAGUUUUGGAGGAAAAUAACUGUGCAGCUGAUGCCUCUGUUGUAACAUCAUUGUCUGAUGAAAUACAAUCGUUGAACCCACUCAAAUUUCUUUCAAGAGCAGGGCCUUUGGGCACAGAACGUAAAAGGCAGUCAUUUUACAGAAAGAUUUUUACAGUGAUUGAACCGGUUGAAUAUGUGCUAAAUCCACAAGAAAAAAAUCAUUCAUUUGUUUAUGUUCCUAUUUUAGAUUUGUUAAGUAAGUUGUUGGAAAGAAGUGAGAUUCUAGAGAAAUUACAGAGAUCCAAUGGACAGGAAGGUCAUUACUGCUCAUUUCAAGAUGGUGAAUACUUUAAAGAAAACAAACUUUUUGCUGAAGAAUUAGGCAUAGCUCUUGGCUUAUACAUUGAUGAUUUUGAAAUCUGUAAUCCAUUGGGAACUUCAAGAAAGAAACAUAAGUUGUGUGGUAUAUAUUGGGUGAUAGCUAACUUACCCAUAAGACUUAGAUCAACAUUAUCAUCAAUUUAUCUAGCUGCAUUGUGCAAAACUGUACAUAUAAAACAAUAUGGUUACAGCAAAGUUUUGGAGCCUCUGAUUAGAGACCUUCAGCAUUUAGAGACGACUGGUGUAUUUGUGAAAAGACUUGGGUCUUGUGUCAAAGGUACUGUUUUGUAUGUGUCUGCCGAUAACUUAGGUGCACACUCCCUUGCUGGAUACCAAGAGUCUUUCAACGUGGAGAAAUUUUGCAGAUUUUGUUUGGCUAACCUUAAAGAUAUUCAGCAUCAUGAUGUCAGAAGUGGGGCAUUUACUUUGAGAACACCAGAACUGUUUGAUGAAGCCAUUAAUGUGCUUAACACAACUAAUGCCUCGUGUGUUCAUGGUUUGAAGAGAGACUGUCCUUUAAGCAGACUUGCCCACUUUCAUCCUGUAAAAGGUUUUCCACCUGAUUUUCUGCACGAUUUAUUGGAGGGAAUUGUACCUGUGGAACUAUGCAUAUGUCUUUCAGAUCUUAUUGCUAAAAAGUAUUUCACAUUGAAUGAUCUUAAUGAUAGAAUAGCAUCAUUUCCUUUUCAGUUUUCUGACAAAACUAACAGGCCUCAGACAAUACCAACAAACUUUUCAAAAAAAAGAACAAUUGGUGGCAACGGACACGAGAACUGGGCACUUCUGAGAUUUCUUCCACUGUUGAUUGGCCAUCAUGUUCCAGAGAGUGAAAAGACUUGGUCUGUGAUCCUUGAACUGAAAGACAUUGUGGAGGUGUUAUCAAGCCCCUCUUUCACAACAGAAACCCUGUGCUACCUACAAGCCAAAAUUUCUGACCACAGACAGUUGCUCUUAGAAUUAUUUCCUGGUACUAAAUUACGCCCUAAACAUCAUUAUCUUGAACAUUAUCCUGUUCUGAUUCAGAAAUUUGGACCAUUAAUUGAGUUCUGGACAAUACGAUUUGAGGCAAAACAUUCUUUUUUUAAAAGAAUGGUUCACAAUACUGGCAAUUUCAAAAAUAUUCUGCACACGUUGGCCACAAGACAUCAACUGAUGUUGUCAUAUUACUUGGAGAUGCCAACUAUUUUCAAGCCAAGCAUUGAGACUGGACGAGUAUCAGUUGUGUCUGUGGGCAUCCUAGAUGCUGCAAUCAGAGAGGCUGUAUGGAAUAAGUUUGAAGGUCUGGACUCUGUUUCACUCACCUCCAUUGCUUACUUGAAUGGGACAAAAUAUUCUAAAGGCAUGGUACUCUCAGUUGGACAGACGUGUGGACUGCCAGAUUUUGGGAGAGUAUUGGAGAUCUGUGUAGUGGAUGGUUACAUAUCAUUCAUUACUGAACUAUUCACAGCGACCUUCCAAGAGCAUUUCAGGUGUUACCAGCUUGCCAGAAGAGAUCCUGCAACAAUUGUGGUCAUUGAUCCGGACCGUCUGAAUGACUACAUUCCCCUUGCUGCAUACCCUGUUGAAGAAAAGCUGCUCGUCACUCCAAGGACAUUCAUGUUACAUUAAGGUAAUAUUUGAUUGGGUUGGUUUGUCAUAAAUUUAAACAAACUCUUAAUCUUUGGACCACAUAACGGGAUAUAAACUGCACUUUAAAGGUUAGACGACACUAUUUGCUAUAUAACGAUGUAGUGUAGAAAUGGCUACCUGAUCUCUGAAUUCACCCUCCCUAUCUGUUGUAAUCUCUCUGCUGUUUUAACUCCAUUCACAGCUUCUUUUAGAUUUAUGUUAUUUACUGUUUAAUGAAGCGUUUUCUUGUUUGUUCACUGUGUUUCAGUUCUUGGUAUCUCAUCAAUGAUGCUUCUCAGAGUCAUCGUCUCACCUCAGGAAAUAAGACGUGUCACCCUACAGGAGGUUCCCCCAUCAGUUGAUGAGCUAUGUGUAGUUCUGGGCAACACUCUGGGCCUCCGUGGGAAGUUCCUUUUACAGUUUGAAGAUCCAGACUUUGGGAAUGAGCUCUGCAAUUUGACAGACAUCAAGGACCUACCAACUGAACGAGCCACACUGAAAGUUCUGUUCACGUUUUCUGAACCAGUUUCUGACUCGACAUUAGAUACUGCAAGCCUUAGUUCCCAGAAUAGUGCAAGCCCCGAGCCCCCUAGUAGUGGUGAUUCUUCAGAAUGGCCUGAUCCCUUUGUUAUUUCAGAUUUCUCCCAUGACGUUGAGUUUCAGCUGAGGGUAGCAAAUGAUGCCUAUGCCAAGGAUGGAGCUGUGACGGUCAUCUCAAAGAGUGUGAAGAGUGAAAUACUGGACAGACUGGCUGAUAGCAUAACCAGAAUCACUUGCUAUCCAAGUAAAGACAAUUUAGAAAGCGUAGCCAAAGCUCUUGUUGCAAAGCAUCCUUGUCUCAGGGAGCCGGGUUCAGGUAAAGGAUGGUACUGCUGGAGAUUCAGCCUGAUAUUCAAGAUGGGCAAUUACCGUCAGAGGAUGAUGGCAGCUGGAUGCCCUGAAGUUCUUGUAAAUAAAAGAAAAAGACAGGGAAACACCAAGCCAGUCAAGAAGGCAAAAAAGGGAGAGAUCCACUACUUACCAGAGCCACCUGAUGGACAAACUACUGUUAAAUCAGAGAAGGAUCGUGAGACCAUGCUUUUGGAAGUGCAGAAGAGAGAGCCAGAUUUGCACCUGCUCGAUGAAUUGAUGACUGCAACAUUCUCCCAGCGAAGACAAGAGAUCAUUGGUGACGAGCCACUCAUUGCUGCAGUCAAGGACAGAUGGCCUGCAUUGUUUAGUGAGAGACAGCUCAGUGCUGAGUUCAGUAGAAUCGUCACCAAAGACCUGCUGGAGUCAUUCCUGGAUGGACUUGAUGCCUUGGUGCCAGAUGUUCUACAGAUGUACGGAGAAGCUGCUGCAUCAGGCAGGAGGGUGCGCCUGAGCAGUGUUCUCAGUUGUCUUCAAAAGGAGGACACGAACCAAAACAAAAGAACAGCUGUCCUACUUGGUCUUCCAUGCUACCUUGCAGAAGAUUCCUCUGACAUAAUCAGGAUGUGUGAUGCUCAUGGUGAAACCCUUGACGUGCUAAUGAGCGGGAUGCAAGUUGGACUGUUGAUUGGACACGAAGGCCCUCUGCAUGAUGCAUUUCCAUUGGAUGUUUUCAACGUGGCUCUGGUAGUAGAGGAGAAGAUCAUCCUACAUGACCUCCGAGAUGUGUCCACAGGCUUUGCCAUGUUACUGGGUGCAAUCUACUGCCUAAACCUUGAGUACCCACGUAAUAUGAAGUAUUCUUUUGAGUUCCUGCAGAGGGUUGUCAUGAACAUUAAACCGGACCAAUGUUCAGCCAGAAUCCAUGGACUCAGAAAUAAACUGCUUAGAUAUCGCAUGUAAACAAAGAAAUGCACUCGUCAAGCAACUACUAGGAGGCAGCAGUUAUUUGGGAAGCUUGCCUUGUUCUUUACACUAGCAUACAGGUUUUCAUCGGCUUAGUUUGUUCAGCACAAGUCAGGUAUGCGUGACAAAUGUGUCACUUGUGAAGUUGAAAAAUCUGAAAUUGUUGAAAAAUCUAAAAUAGUUCAAAUGUGCAAAACAUUUUGAGGUAUAAUGAAAACAAACUUGUUUCGAAUUGUGGUUAAAGAAUCUUUUAGACGUGGAUGUUGAUGUUUUGUAAAGCUCUGCGUAUACCACAUUUUUCCUCUGUACAACUUUGCCAUACUUAUUCUCUCAUUGACAGUUUUAAAAUUGUGUUCAAUUAACACAAAUUUAAGUGAGGAUAAGUAAGUAAGUAUUUAUAAUGUACACCAUUGUUUUUGUUCAUAUGACGAUAUGGACCGGUUAUCUCACUUUUUGCCUCUUAUGACACCUGCCCAUCUGUCCCCCUUUCCCCAGCACUCUCGGUUGUCAACCUCAGUGAGGCCUGUUUUGAUGCCAAGACAUGUUUAAGAUGUAUCAAUGUUCCACAUUGUUCAUAUUCAUGUCGAGAUUUUAUGAUUAUCUGUUUACUAUCUCACAUACCUCAUUGUUCAACCCCACCUCACCUUCUUUCUUUCUACGAGUCCACCCUCUGUCUCGCUGUCUGUCUGCAAGUCCACCCUCUGUCUGUCUGUCAGUCCACCCUCUGUCAGUCCACCCUCUGUCUGUCUGUCUGUCUGUCUGUCCACCCUCUGUCUGUCUGUCUUGUCUGUCUGCAAGUCCACCCUCUGUCUGUCUGUCUUGUCUGCCUGCAAGUCCACCCUCUGUCUGUCUGUCUUGUCUGUCUGCAAGUCCACCCUCUGUCUGUCUGUCUUGUCUGUCUGCAAGUCCACCCUCUGUCUGUCUGUCUGCAAGUCCACCCUCUGUCUGUCUGUCUUGUCUGUCUGCAAGUCCACCCUCUGUCUGUCUGUCUUGUCUGUCUGCAAGUCCACCCUCUGUCUGUCUGUCUUGUCUGUCUGCAAGUCCACCCUCUGUCUGACUGUCUUGUCUGUCUGCAAGUCCACCCUCUGUACAUUACAGAGACAUACAUUGGGUAUGGCAUGUUAAAACCUUUAACUUCUGUUAAAGUUUAUAUAAAUGUAUUUAUAAAAUAAAUGUUCUUGGACAAAUGCAAGAA